AUGAGCUGCGUGGUUGAGGGAGGUGGUGGUGGGCCUUGUGGAGCGUGCAAGUUCCUUCGACGCAAGUGCGUAAAAGGCUGCGUAUUUGCACCGUAUUUCGACUCCGAUCAAGGCGCCGCCCACUUCGCCGCCGUGCACAGGGUCUUCGGGGCUAGCAACGCCUCCAAAUUGCUGCUGCGAAUUCCGCCGCACUGCCGCCUCGACGCCGUCGUCACGCUCUGCUACGAGGCCCUCGCUAGGGUUAGGGAUCCCGUUUACGGCUGCGUCGCUCACAUCUUCACUCUUCAGCAGCAGGUUGUGAAUCUCCAAGCCGAAUUGGCGCACACUCAAGCUCGCAUCACGACACUUCAGCACACUCCAUCGUCGCUUCCGGUGCUUAAUUCCUCCAUGGUGGAGACCUCGCCGUCGUCGUUGGGGAUGUUGAGUUUUUGCAGCUCAGUUGAUCAAGAAGUUGAAGAUGAUGGUGACCUCCAAUCACUAGCUCGAGAAUACGUUUCCAGAUACUUCCCAGGAGUUAGAUUUAUGCCUCCAACUCCACACUAAUUGGGUCACCUCUUUUUUUGUUAUCUUUAGUACUAUCUAUAUAGCUAGCUUCAUCUCUUA